AAUAAACGAGGAAAAAAAUUAAUGGCAAAAUUGAACAGUGUUGCAAACCGGUGACGAAAAAUGGCCGGCGCUAGUCACGAAAAGUUUUCGCGAUGGCUGGAUCAAAAAUUGCGGGAUUUAAACACGGACGAAUCGGUGUUCGGAUCAUACAUAACUGGAAUCCUCGACGGUGACGAAGCGGACGACGAAAAACGCGAAGCUCUGGAGGGCAUACUCGCCGAGAUAUUGAGCAAUGAAAACGACAUCGGCACCCAUUGCGACGAAAUACUGGCCAAAUGGGAGGAGUACAAGCCCCAGGAGCAGGCCGCACCGUGUCUCAGCAGCGAGGAUAUGAACGAGAAGCUGGCCAAACUGUUAGAGUCACAGUCGCUGGCUACCACGAAGCAGAAACAGUACACCGAUGAAGAGAAGAAAAUCAGGGAGGCUAUUUUAUCUCAGUACAGUCAGAUGACUGACAGCGAAGAGGAGGAGGAUGAUAACCAAGCCAGUGGUGAACCCAAAGAGACCAAUUUGGAAAAGAACCUGAAUGCACUGACUGUCAUGCAGGCUGAGAAGGAGAAACGUGAGCAGGCCAGACUUGACAGCCAAAAGAAAAAAGAGAAGGACAAAGAAGACAGAGAGAAACAGAAACAAAUGAGGGAGGAGAAAAAGGAGAAGCGCAAGACUCAAAAGGGUGAAAGGAGGAGGUAGCACCAUUGACACCCCAGAAUUUAACAAGCUGUGUGAUUGAGAUAUUGAUUUAACAAGGCAUUUAAGUCAAAAUGACAAUAUUUUAGGAAAUAAUUGUUGCCCCAUUUGACAGUUCUAUUGUAACCACCCGAGGGCGUACUCGGACUAAUUACGUACGACGAAAAACUAAGGAUUCGUAAUUUUUUACAGUGAUAGUCACAGUUGCCAAUCAUGUUUUAGAUUAUAAAUGUUAGUCAAUAAUUUAAACGACUGUAUUUUUGAAUUAAAAUGGGUUAUACAAUA